CCACGUAUGAACGGCAGGCACAACUCACUUACUAAGAUCAUUGCGGUAAUGACCAUUCGUCUGACGGAGGACGCGGAAGGCAUCAGUUGAGCGAAGGAGCACCAGCAAGAACCAUUCGUGGUGGUGUUGAGCCUGAAUCUGAGGACAUGCGGCCCAGAAUAUGAGGACAGGCCACCAACUCUAUGAAUCACAUCGUUCGCUCUCCUUCAGAGUUGCACUCAGCACUAGUGCACGCCACGCAAUCCUUCUAGCUCUUUGGGUGCACAACCCAUACCUCACACGAAGAUGCCCUCCCUCGUUGUCACAAAGCCAUACUCUGAGAAACGCCUGUACCGCGAGAAGCAGCGCAAGCUAGCAGAACUCCGAAUAUCAUUGCGUGGCUGCGUAUGCACCGAUUGCGAGCCCAAGCUGCCAGCGUGCGCAAAUUCUCUGCCGGUUUUCAGCAUCUUCGCGGGUCUAUCGUACAGAGGGCAUGACGCCUUUCAUCUUGCGACCUGGGCAGCCUCGUCGUUCGCCACGGUCACCCUACAGCAGACGCAGCAGCAAGCACUGUCUCGAUGGCACAACCUGAGGAGAAGCUAUCAGCACUCAUUCCAAUGUAUGCCCCGACGGAUUUUACAAGAAGCCGCAGAGAUCUUCAAUGAGCUCUUCUUCCUGGGACAGCUGCCAGCAUCUCGCCUACAAUUGGUGCAAACUGGCACAAUCAACAAUGGUGGGUCUAUAGGCAAGUCAUGGCCAUCCUAUGCUCCUAAUCAACCGGAACUCAUCUCGUUCGACGCUUCGCACCACUUCUUGUGGUCAGCACAAGCGAUGUACUUCCAAGUAUUACUGCACGAAAUGAUACACUGCUUCCUUUCGAGAUACACUUGCUAUCCGUGGCACGUCAAGCAUCGUAACUGCGCCAUCAGCAACUGCGGACUUUCUCAUCAUUCUGGGAUCGGCCCCGGAGGACACGGCCGCGCCUGGCAAUUUCUCGCCAAAGCUAUCGAAGGUCGCAUGCCUGAGGUGCUUCAACUGCCAGGAAAUCUGGGACGGAACUGUGGCUUUCUCACUGAUCAGCGAAGGCAUGGCUACCACAUGCCCUGCCAGAGCGAACUGCAGCGGCUCUAUCAAUGGGAAUACGGACACCCAAAUUUUUGGAAGUACGUUAGGAGGACCAGAGACGACAACAUCAUGGAGCAUCGCAUACUAAUGGCUGGCUUGGUACCACUAAGACACCGUGGGCGUAGAAGGGCCUCGGACUCGGUGUAUGUUCUCAGAAGCAGCCGCCGACCGGCGGAAACGUCGCUGUAGCGGCAUUACGCACGGGAACUAGGUCAGUUUUAGAUGCCGCUGUAAACGGACUUUAGGCAUGACUGCAGCACUACUGCAAGUCCAAAGCCGCAGGACGGAAUCAGAGCGACUAUUCAAGGGCACCUUUGAGCCAGCCGAACGGAAUAUAACUCAAUGCUACAUGCAGUGAUUGGCAUACCUGCAUAUCUCUACCAAUUCUGUGAAC